CGGGAGAGAAAGCCUCUCCUCCUUUCUCAGGUGCCCUCAGACGAGAACCGUUGAGCAAGGCAUCAUUCAUACUAUCCCAGCGGUCUGGUCAGGUCAUUUGCUUAAAGUUGGAUUCACGAAAUUUAUGCUUCGACCAUAUGUCUUGAGAUUGCCCUGCCUGUCUGUCUGAUUGAUGCUGAGCCCAACCCUUUCUGUAUCUCUUGUUUAAUAUACAUAUCGCACUAUUGUUGACGAUAGGCGUCACGUUCCAUUCCCCCCUCCCCCCAUAAUGGCGUCCAGCUACUGGGAAUCCACCCAGCGGAAGUUCUGGACCUUCUCCAAGCAGCAAUUAAACACCGAGCGUCGAAAGAUCGAAGACUCGGAGCGCAACCUGGUGAACAUGUACCCCCUACCGGAUAGGCGGUUACUGAGCAUAUAUUUCUAUCACCAACUGUCGAAAAUGGCCCGGCCGCUGGGGAUCCGGCAACAAGCGCUCGCGACUGCACAAGUCUACGUGCGGCGCUUCUACACCAAAGUCGAGAUCCGGCGGACGAACCCAGCCCUCGUCCUCGCGACCUCCCUCUACCUCGCCUGCAAGAUGGAAGAGUGCCCACAGCACAUCCGGAUGAUCCUCGCGGAAGCCCGUCACUGCUGGGGUACGUCGUCCUCAUCCUCCUCCUCCCUCUCGUCACUGCCUCAUCCACGAGAUGCACUCUUACUAAGACUUCACUCACCCCACCCAGAUACAUCCUUCAGCGAGGUGUCCAAGAUCGGCGAGUGCGAGUUCACGCUGAUAUCGGAGAUGAACUCGCAGCUGAUCAUCCACCACCCGUACCGCAGCCUCGCGGAGCUGCAGACGCAAUUCCAGCUCACGCAGGAGGAGAACGCCCUCGCGUGGUCCAUCAUAAACGAUCACUACCUCACAGACCUGCCGCUGCUGCAUCCGCCACACGUCGUCGCUAUCACGGCGCUGUUCCUCGCCGUCGUGCUGAAGCCGACGCAGGGGGGGCUGCAGAUUCACGCUGCGAGCGUGUCGAGUGCGCUGCAGACGCUGGGGAGUAUGCGGAGUACUGGGGGCGGUGGGGGAGGUGGUGGUGGUGCCGGGGGUGGUGGCAGCCAGAACCGCGUGCAGAAGUUGGUGGACUGGUUGGCGGAGAGUAGUGUGGAUAUCGAGGCCGUGGUCGAGUGCACGCAGGAGCUGAUUUCGCUGUAUGAGAUUUGGGAGAAUUAUUCGGACAAGGCGUGUAAGGACUCGAUUGCGAAGUUUGUGAAGUCGAGGGGGUUGGAUAAGUAGAUGUGUGGGGGGUUUGGAUAUAAAUGAGAAUUAUUCAUACGGGGGAGUUUGGGUUGUAGUGACUGUUAGAUCCUAAUAUCAAGAACUCCUCCGUGGGUACACUACGAACUACGCAUACCAUUCCCUUCAAAAAAACCCACCUAUGUUCAUGUAUGCCUGCCAUCUCAACCUCUCUUAAGCAAAGAACUAUUUUAGUGGGCUAUACUUCAAGGGAGUGCGGUGCUUUGUAUGCGUAAGAAGGAUGUAUAGAUGGAUGGAUGUAUUUGUUGAUGUUGUAGUUAAUGGAUCUGUUAAUGUUGUAUAUAGCAAUGUAUGAAAUAAUGUAUGUGUAGGUAAAUAUGUAAAUGUGUAGGUGUGUGUGUAGAUAUGUAGAUGUAUAGGUAAAUGUGUGGACGUGUAGGUAGAUAUAUAGAUAUGUAGAUGUGUAGGUAGAUGUAUACA